CACGGGUGUAUAAUAAUACCGAGGUGCUGUGUUCUCUUCAGGGAGUGACUGGGUGAUUUAGAGCUGCACCUUCUUGGCUUCGACAUCAAUGACACGGCAGGCAGGCAUCACUAGACCCCGAGUGCCUCUUACCCUGACUUUCUGAUAUUCAUUUAUUCCCAUCUUUCCAUGAGGAGCCCCGUCUUUGCUCUCUUCUCCCAUUCAUCACAAACAUUGCCAUCUCUCCCAUCUUUAUGCUCUCAUCAUCAUCAUCGUCUCACCGUUGAAGAUGGCCUCCUUCCGCAUCGCCACUAUUGCUCUAAUCUCCUUCAUCAUUUCUUUCGCUUCAGCCCAACAAUGCACCUACAAAACAAUCCAGCCAAAGGGCUCUGAGCCUGCUACCGCUCCCAAUUGGGAAUAUUCCGUCAUUGCCAAUAAACUAACACGACCUCGCGGCAUAUUGUUUGACAGUGAGGGUGCUCUCAUUGUUUUAGAUUCUGGAAACGGUAUAAUCCACAUGAAGCUCGAUGACAAUGACGCUGGAGGGAGAUGUCUCCGAGUCUCAAGCAGGACGACUUUACUUGAAAAGAGUGAUCUAAACCAUGGGCUCGCCAUUUCAAAGGAUGGCCGCACCAUAUAUGCCUCCUCAUCAGAGAGCGUCUUCGCAUGGUCUUAUGAUCCUAAGAAAGUCACGCUGGAUCAAUCCUCAGAGCAGACACUAGUUAACAACAUGACUAGUGAAGGCUAUACACCGCGAACCCUUCUCAUCUCACAGAAAUACCCUGAUAUGCUUCUCGUUUCCCGAGGGAGCGAUAAAUAUCUUGACCCGGGAACCGAAGACCUUUCCACUGGCCGCUCUCAAAUUCGUGUUUUCAACAUCUCAUCUUUCAGUAACAGUUCGCCCAAUACGAAGCCUUAUAGCUACGUUGAUGAUGGUGUCCGCCUCGGCUGGGGUCUGCACAAUUCGGUCGGCAUAGCAGAACACCCCGAUACUGGUGGAAUAUUCAGCGUUGAGAACUCUUAUGACAGCCUUAAUCGGGAUGGCAAAGAUAUCCACGAUGAUAAUCCGGGCGAAGAGAUGAACUUUCACGGCUAUCUCAAUGGUUCUACGGAGAGCCGCGGCGGCAACUAUGGCUACCCUUUUUGCUUUGCCUUGUGGUCCACAGACAAGUUUCCUAAGCUUGGUGACCUCAAAAUUGGCCAACAGUUUGCUGCUGAUCGUAAGUCUGGUCAAUCUCGUCGAACCGAUCGGGAAUGCAGAAGGGAUUACGUUGCUCCCGUGCUAGUAUUCCAAGCCAACGCUUCGCCUUUGGACCUUAAGUUCGACCAGAACGGCACACGGGCAUAUAUCUCUUUCCAUGGAAGCUGGGACCGUCGUGAGCCGGUUGGAUAUCAAGUUGCAUAUACCGACUUCAAAGAUGGACAACCUGCGGCUGCCGCUUCACGAAGCAGGAAUGCCACCAAACCCAUCAUUUUCAACAAAUCACUCAACAAAUGCCCGGAUGACUGUUUCCGCCCUGUUGGCCUGGCCUUGGACUCAAAAAAUCGGUUGUUCUUCUCCUCUGAUAAAACUGGUGAGAUUUUCGUGGUAAAUCACAAUGACACUACCCGGGAUAGGGGAGGCAAUAAAUCUUAGGAGGGUGCCAAUGACGAUAAUUCUGCCUUCGUCUUACGUCCUGGGUCGGCUGCGUUAAUCAUGACAUUAGCCGCAGUUAUCAUGGGAGGCUUCCUUGCUUGAUAGUUCCAAGUGGGCAACCAAGUUCUUGUGUUUUAAUUAAG